AUGCCUCUCAGACUUGAAAUCAAGAGAAAGCUUGCACAAAGAUCCGAAAGAGUUAAGUCUGUGGAUCUACAUCCAACAGAGCCAUGGAUUCUAGCAAGUUUAUACUCCGGGACUCUCUGUAUCUGGAACUACCAAUCUCAGACCAUGGCUAAGUCUUUUGAGGUUACUGAGUUACCUGUUAGGUCAGCCAAGUUUAUUGCACGCAAACAGUGGGUUGUUGCAGGAGCAGAUGAUAUGUUUAUUCGUGUAUAUAAUUACAACACAAUGGAUAAAGUUAAAGUAUUUGAGGCACACACAGAUUACAUUAGGUGUGUGGCUGUUCAUCCCACCCUUCCCUACGUGCUAUCGUCGUCUGACGAUAUGCUCAUAAAGCUCUGGGAUUGGGAAAAAGGCUGGAUCUGUACCCAGAUAUUUGAGGGACAUUCUCAUUAUGUCAUGCAAGUGACAUUCAACCCUAAAGAUACAAACACCUUUGCUAGCGCAUCUCUUGAUCGGACCAUAAAGAUAUGGAAUCUUGGUUCUCCUGACCCUAAUUUUACACUGGAUGCCCAUCAAAAGGGAGUUAAUUGCGUUGAUUACUUUACUGGUGGCGACAAACCUUAUCUAAUUACUGGUUCUGAUGAUCACACUGCCAAGGUAUGGGAUUAUCAGACCAAAAGUUGUGUCCAGACUCUAGAUGGUCACACCCACAAUGUAUCUGCCGUAUGCUUUCAUCCUGAACUUCCUAUUAUCAUUACUGGCUCCGAGGAUGGUACAGUCCGCAUUUGGCAUUCAACAACUUAUAGGCUUGAGAACACAUUGAACUAUGGUCUCGAAAGAGUUUGGGCUAUUGGAUACCUGAAGGGUUCACGUCGGGUUGUGAUUGGCUAUGAUGAAGGAACUAUAAUGGUUAAACUCGGCCGAGAAGAACCUGUAGCUAGCAUGGACAACAGCGGGAAGGUCAUUUGGGCUAAGCAUAAUGAGAUUCAAACUGUCAAUAUAAGGAGUGUUGGAGCAGAUGUGGAGAUUGCUGAUGGAGAAAGGUUAUCCUUGGCUGUUAAAGAGUUGGGCACCUGUGAUCUCUAUCCACAAAGUUUAAGGCACAAUCCAAAUGGGAGGUUUGUUGUUGUUUGUGGGGAUGGUGAAUUUAUUAUAUAUACUGCCUUGGCAUGGAGAAAUAGAUCAUUUGGUUCAGCUCUCGAAAUUGUUUGGUCUUCGGAUGGAGAGUAUGCUGUAAGAGAAAGUACUUCAAAGAUUAAAAUUUUCAGCAAAACUUUCCAGGAAAAGAAGAGUAUCCGACCGACUUUUUCAGCAGAACGAAUAUUUGGUGGUACUGUAUUGGCAAUGUGCUCAAAUGAUUUUAUCUGCUUUUAUGAUUGGGCUGAAUGCAGAUUGAUUAGGCGCAUUGAUGUGAAUGUGAAAAACCUCUACUGGGCUGAUAGCGGUGAUCUAGUGGCGAUUGCUAGUGAUGCAUCAUUCUACAUUCUAAAGUAUAAUCGUGAUGUUGUUUCAUCAUAUUUAGAUAGCGGGGGAUCUGUGGAUGAGCAAGGUGUUGAAGAUGCCUUUGAGCUCCUUCAUGAAAUGAGUGAACGUGUCAGGACAGGGGUCUGGGUUGGGGAUUGUUUUAUCUAUACCAAUUCUUCUUGGAGGCUUAAUUACUGUGUUGGUGGCGAGGUAACAACAAUGUUUCACUUGGACCGUCCAAUGUACUUGUUGGGAUAUCUUGCCAGCCAAAGUAGGGUUUAUUUGAUCGACAAAGAAUUCAAUGUUGUGGGCUACACACUCCUUUUAAGCUUGAUUGAGUACAAGACUCUCGUGUUGCGUGGUGAUUUGGAAAGGGCUAAUGAAAUUCUACCAUCAAUUCCAAAAGAGCAUCAUAAUAGUGUGGCUCAUUUCCUGGAAUCACGAGGCAUGAUAGAGGAUGCUAUUGAAGUUGCUACUGACCCUGAGUACAGAUUCGAUCUUGCCAUACAGCUUGGAAGAUUAGAGGUUGCAAAGGCUAUUGCUAUAGAAGUGAGGAGUGAGUCUAAAUGGAAACAGUUGGGAGAAUUAGCUAUGUCUAGUGGAAAGUUAGAAAUGGCUGAGGAGUGUUUAAAACAUGCAAUGGAUUUGAGUGGAUUGUUGCUUCUAUAUUCUUCAUUAGGAGAUGCUGAAGGAAUAUCAAAACUUGCAAUUCUUGCUAAAGAUCAAGGAAAGAACAAUGUUGCUUUCCUUUGCUUAUUUAUGUUGGGUAAACUUGAAGACUGCCUUCAAUUGUUGGUAGAAAGCAAUCGGAUUCCAGAGGCUGCUUUGAUGGCUCGAUCAUAUCUUCCAAGCAAGGUCUCAGAGAUAGUGGCAAUAUGGAGAAAAGAUCUUGGCAAGGUUAAUCCAAAAGCUGCUGAAUCUUUGGCUGAUCCUGAGGAGUAUCCAAAUUUGUUUGAAGAUUGGCAAGUUGCACUUGCUGUUGAAUCUAAAGCUGCAGAAACAAGGGGCGCUUACCAUCCUGCAGAGGAGUAUGUUAACCAUGCUGAUAAAGCACAUGUCACCCUUGUUGAUGCUUUCAGAAAUAUGGAGAUCGAAGAAGGGGAUCAGCCUCUUGAGAAUGGGGACUCUAAUCAUGAGUUGCCCGAACAAAAUGGAGAAGAGGAUUAUGCAGAGGGGCAUGAAGAACAAAAUGGAGAGGAAGGAAGCCAAGAGGAUGAAGUUGUAGUGGAUGCUGAUUCGACUGAUGGUGCAGUUCUCGUUAAUGGUAAUGAGGCUGAUGAAGAGUUGAGUACGAAUAAAGGAGCCCCGUCAGCGUAA